GUAUUAUGAAUUUGACAACACGGUGGUGAGAGAAAUACUAGGCAAAAAAUUGACCACAAGGUUAAGAAAAGACCUGGAUGAUAUAUCAGAAAGAACAAGUGUUCCUUUGAAGAGUUGUAAAAGACAAUACGACAACAUCAAGAAUAUAUUUAAGGCAGUAGAGGACUCAACAGGAGAUUUAGUGAAUAACAUCAAAACAGAGUUUUUGCUGUCAGAGAAUCUGUCCAAGUAAGAAUUAGAUUUUAUUGUUCUGUGUCUGUUCUGUGAUUCCUCUCGUACCCAGACACUUUGGUUCCACACCGCUGCGUGAUAAGCGCGUGGGAUGUCACGCGAGGGAAAGCAGAAACGUCGGCGGGAAACUUCCCGCGAUUUAGAAUACUUCAUUAAGCAGGACACAGUAAAAUGCCUAUAUAUACAAUACGAUUAGUCGUAUACAAUUCUCAUCCUGACGUGUGUACUCGAAUAAAUACCUGUAUUUCAAAUUUCCAUAAACUGAUGAACAGCAAUAGCGGCGUCAACAGUCGUUUUCAUACGUCAGAAUAACAAUCCUAUACGACUAUUAUUGUCUUCAGUAACAGUAGAGUUCUUUGUUUGCAUCAAAAUAGCAUCUUGUUGGAAUCAAGAAAAGACUGAGGCAUGUCAUUUCAUUUCGCAGGUCAUACGCAUGUAUAGUAUUUAUGUCAUAUCACAAAUUUGAAACAGGAAAACGGAGGUACGUUGGGAUUAUAUUUGGCGAAAUAAAUCAUCGUAUAAUUCAAUGUUCUUUAUGGCUAAAGAGUAAAGUGUGAUAUAAGACGAAAGGAGAUUAAUUAUACAGGCUCGUAUAUUUUGCAGGUUAUCGUAUUUGACGUUUACAGAUUGUGCUUAUUGCGUUGAACAGAUGAUUACUAACUGGACGAUUAACUCGUCUGGUAACGUAUAACUUUUUUUAUUUUCCCUAGUCAAUACUUUAUAUAUGCCAUCAGACUUGGAAAAAGUAUCCAAUGUUCCUCGGAUCCAGUUUUUCCCAUUUCAAAUGUUCCUCAAAGCGCGCAGAAAGUAUUUUGUUUUGCAUAAAUUGACUACCUAUAUAAAAACCGUUUAAAAAAGUAUUAAAAUAUACCUUAUUGGAUUCUGAUCGUUUAAUUGGCUGUUUAUGGUCACGUGAUAUUGCAUGGAUAGAAAAUUCCAUUUCCCAGGAGUGUAGAUAUGUUCCUCGUCGCAUACUGUUAGCAAAGUAUAGAAGUACCGCAUUGUCGCAUUUAUACUAAUGGAUGAAAAUUAGAAAUUUUUCAGAAAUUCAUAUUUUGGCGGCUAAGUUGGCUAACGAAUACUGAAUGCCCUCAUCGAAAUUCACAAUGUUCCUCAGUCUUGUUACUCAGGCAAAUGUUCCACAGGAUACAGGAUCUCACUUUUUUCCAAGUCUGUAUACUAUGUCCAGUCGAACAUCUUCUUACGGAGACAUCUCUAAUACAGACACUUCUCGUUUACGGACACUUCUCUAAUACGGACACGUCUCUAGCGCGGACACUUCUCUAAUACGGACAUGUCUCUAGCACGGACACUUCUCUAAUACGGACACUUCUCUAAUACGGACACGUCUCUAGCGCGGACACUUCUCUAAUACGGACAUGUCUCUAGCACGGACACCUCUCUAAUGCAGACACUUCUCGUUUACGGACACUUCUCUAAUACGGACACGUCUCUAGCACGGACACUUCUCUAAUACGGACACGUCUCUAGCGCGGACACUUCUCUAAUACGGACACGUCUCUUUUACGGACAUUUCUCUAAUACGGACACGUCUCUAGCGCGGACACUUCUCUAAUACGGACAUGUCUCUAGCACGGACACCUCUCUCAUGCAGACACUUCUCGUUUACGGACACUUCUCGUUUACGGACACGUCUCUAGCACGGACACUUCUCUAAUACGGACACGUCUCUAGCACGGACACCUCUCUAAUACGGACACGUCUCUAGCACGGACACCUCUCUAAUACAGACACUUCCCGUUUACGGACACCUCUCUAAUACGGACACGUCUCUAGCACGGACACCUCUCUAAUACAGACACUUCCCGUUUACGGACACCUCUCUAAUACGGACACGUCUCUAGCACGGACACUUCUCUAGCACGGACACUUCUCUAGUACGGACACGUCUCUAGCACGGAAACGUCUCUAAUAAGGACAACUCUUUAUUAUGGGUACUUCUCUAAUACAGACACUUCUUCAUUAUGGACAAUUCUGUAUUAUGGACAUGCACCUCUCUAAUACAGACACUUCUUGAUUAUGGACAAUUGUGUAUUAUGGACACUUUUUAAUACGCUCAGGCACUUCGAUUACGGAGAAAUCUCUAAUAUGACAACUCGCUAUGACGGACAACUCUUUAAUAGGGAUACCUCUUUAAUAUGGAUGCCUCGCUAAUACAGAACCUCUCUAUUAAUACGAAUACCUGGCUAAUAUGGACAUCUCUCUAAUACGGACGUCUCUCUCUCUAUUACGGGCACAUCUCCAAUACGGACACUUCUCUAUUACGCACUGCUUGCAAUGGCAGUGCCCUGAUAUUUCUUUAGAAACCUUUAUAAUACAGAACCUCUUUAAUACAUCUAGAAUUAACCUUGUGUUAUUCUAUGUUGUCUUUUGUUGUGUUUUACUGUGUUGUGAGUAUGUAUCCUAAGACGCUGUAUUUUCCAACCGUACAGCAAUUACCGUAAGGUUAUCCAUGUUAUAGAUGCAACCGAGUCAGACACAGUUCUAGACAUGGAUAAAAACUUUCUUCAAGAACUCAGAGACCUUAAAAUAUUCAGCUCAGACAAAGAUAUUGCAGACGAACAUAAAAGGGCUGUUUUUACUGAAUUGAAAGCCAAAGCGUCGAAAGAGAUUGCAAAGAUGUACGACCCACAUGUGAAGGUAUAUAUAGCUAAUAUCAGUGACGCUAUUGCCCAGUAAACUAUCUUGGCUUAAAUUUCAUACUUAAAUAAUAAAGCUUUCACACGUCUAUCAAAAUUACAGUAUAUCAUUAAGACUUUCGCUGUUGUAAAGUCAUUAUUACAGCUUUGUCACACAGUUAUAAUUAGAUAUCAUCUAAAGGCUUUUAGAAAUUUUUAGAGAGGGAGGUCAGUUGCCCCUGUAGAGUCCGCCACUGAUUAUUGUAAUACUAGUUAUUUCAUACGCAAAGGCCGUCGGGUUUUAAAGCCAUUAUAAAAUCAAUAUUUAAAACAAACUUACCUUCGUUAACGUCGGCUCCCUUCUUUUAGCUGAUUCUUUCGCAGUUUCUUUCUGAGAGAGCUUUUGAAAUUUACAAAAUCUUGCCAAAAUGCGAGCAAAAAUGAAAUAUAUUUGCAAGAAAUUUAUCAAUCAUCAAAUCAAGAAAUGUUUGCUAUUUCGCUGUCGUCAUGCAGUCGUUAUAAUGCAAACUUUAAAUUAAAUUGGACCAAUCAGUGUCCGCUAUUCAUGACAGUCCGCCAUAUUUUUGAGAUCAGUGAGGAUGACCACCCACCGAAACAUCGUUGGUCAGCCACGCCCGCGAUAUUUGAUGAACUUUAGACUUCGCUAAUGCUUUUGUUUCCCCGGGUGUAAAUAGCCGGGGGGGAAUUAGUACCCUCGCACGGCGCUUCGGGCCGCCGACUCGGGGAUAAUAAGCGUAACCUACUGGAAGGUAUUAUAGCAUAUAAAACACCACAAUUAGCUGAUCUUAACGGUCGAAUGCUACUGUUAUCUUUUUAGAACUUUGAUCGUAUUUUGAUUAGUAUUGGUGCUGAUCUCAUUCAUCAGAAGGACUUGAAGGAUAUCUUCUUAGAUUUAGUUGAGAAGGUAAUUAUCUCAAUAAAGUUAAUUAGUUAAGGCCUGUUUCAAACGUCGCGCUUCUCAUGUGCCGAACGUAUUAGAAACAAUAAAUAAUGAGACAUUUCAGCUGAUUAUCUAUUUUUUCUAAUGCGUUCGGCGAAUGAGAAGCGCGACGUUUGAAACAGGCCUAAGCCUCAUUUCUAUUGGUCGCGCGGCUAUAUCGCUAUCAAGUUUUGGUCGCCGAUGUGAAAUGUGAAAUCGACUGGAUCUUAUUUUUGCAUGCUAUUUGCAAAUCAGUCUUGAAUGGACCUUUCCCCUUAUAACUAAAAUUUUGAUCUAGACAAAAAUUUCAUCACAGCUUGAAAGAGCAUCACAAAAUUAGUAAUAUUCCAAAGUUUCGUUGCAAAAUGCGGAUAAUAUAUAGCCAUGCGAAGUUUGCAGUUUUUUCAGUCAUUUUGUAUUACGCACGGGAAAUUGACAGCCCAAUCAGGUGUUCGGGCAUCAAUUUCCCGUUUGUAAAUCUAAAAUGACUGAAAAUUGCAAAUUUCGCAAGGCUAUAGCCUAUUAUCCGCAUUUUAGGCUACAACAUUUCGCAACGAAACUUUGGAAUAUUACUAAUUUUGUGAUGCUCUUUCAAGCUGUGAUGAAAUAUUUGUCUAGACUUGUCUAGAUCAAAAUUUUAGUAAAAAGGGGAAAGGUCCAUUAUUGCAGAAAUACAUCGAUACUCUAUUCCAUCAGUCACCUUGGCAUGUUCUCAACACAUCAUGAAAUUAAUUAUAACGUUACCACACCCAAUUAAAGGCACAGUUCAGCCUUUUGAAUGAUUGUUAGAAACAUGCAUUGAGUUUACUCAUCUUGAAUUGUGCAUAAUUGAUUUUCCUAGGUUUUUCACUCAAAAGUCUGAACUGUACCUUUAAAUGACAUGUGGUGGCCACGGUAAUAAUCCUCAGUGUUUUAAUCUUCUAUAUAAUAAUUUUCCUCAGAUAAUUUUAUCUUAUAGUUUAUAGAACCUUGUAAACAAGCGAAUUUGACCGUCAGUGGUUUGUCGAUGUUCCUUCAAGCACUUAUGACAACUUGCGAGAAACUUUCCUCUGUGCAAAA